AUGAGAAAAACUAUCAUCGCUCCUUCUGUUUUGUCAGCUAAUUUAUCAUGCUUAUUAGAAGACUCACGCAAUGUGAUUGACCAAGGUGCUGACUGGAUACAUUUGGAUGUGAUGGAUGGACACUUUGUCCCAAAUUUGUCAUUUGGGCCACCAGUUAUAAAGUCAUUGAGGGAUGGGAUUUCCGAUGUCUUUUUUGAUUGUCAUAUGAUGGUAAGUCAUCCUUGGAAUUGGGUAGAGGCUGUAAAAAAGGCUGGAGGCUCUGGCUAUACUUUUCAUAUAGAAACAACUCCGGAGGAGUCUCAAUUUUUUGGAUUAUUAAAUGAUAUCAGAGCUAAAGGGAUGAAAACUGGAAUAGCCUUGAAACCAGGAACACAGCUUUCAGAGAUGCUUUAUGAUGGAAUUAGGAGAGGAUUAAUUGAUAUGGUAUUGAUUAUGACGGUAGAACCAGGGUUUUCAGGGCAGAAAUUUAUGGCUGAUAUGAUGGAAAAAGUAAGAAGCCUUAGGAGAGAUUUUCCAGAGCUGAAUGUUGAAGUAGAUGGAGGGGUGAAGGUGGAAAAUAUUGAUAUAGUUGCUGAUGCUGGAGCAAAUGUAAUUGUUUCAGCAACUGGGGUUUUUGAGCAUCCAAAUCCAAGAGAAGCAAUUAGAGUUAUGAGAGAGAGUAUAGAUAGUAAACAAAAUAAUAGUAAUUAG